AGUAACAUUCUUUCUUUGUUUCCCUUUUCCGAGACUACUGAUCGACAGCAGAGGUAAAAGCGACCUGCUGAUCUCGUCGCUACUGUUCAUGGCAACAUGUGUUGGCGAGUGCCUUCUGUCUUCCUACAACAUGGAUCUGGUUACCACGACCGGGAGCCGCCUCCGGGCGCUUCUGCAGGGAGUGAUCUUCAGAAAGGCGACGAUGCUGUCACCCGCGGCAACCCAACCCACUGGGUACGUGGCUUCAAUACUGGGCGUGGACUGCCUGCAGCUCUGCAACUGCGUCUACACACUGCCGGUGCCUUUUUUGGGCGCCCUGACGCUGCCGCUGCUCUUCUGGAUGCUGUCGGAGAGGGCGGGAGUCGUGCCCGCGACGUGUUGCGCAGCCUGGGCGCUCGUUACGCUCCUCGCACCCUUGGCCUUGCUGUACGCGCAAAAGCACUUCUGGGUGAGCCACUACCAGUCGCCCUGAACCAUCAGUGAGACAAGCGCGUAUUAUUUCCAAACAGUGGCCAAACUGAAGUUCACGAGCUCGCACUGUACUCCUUGGGGUCUGGCUGUUUGGUUCGACAAUUAUUCUGCGUAGGUUCCGACCCUAAGCUUCAUCAUCGACCUAUUUCAUAUCCACUGCACAGUGAAGUUUCUGCCAGUGAUAUUAAAUAACCCCUGACCCCAUCU